CCCACGUCGACGUCACUUCCACCACAAGGGGAAAACAUGGCUGCCGCCAGUCCGCCAGCUUCGGCGAGAACACCGACCAGAAAUGUAGUCAUUAAGACCGAGCCAGAAGCCGACGAAGACCUGCGCAUUUGCCCGGAAGAGGUCCCGUUUAAGCGGGACCCUGUCGUCCCGCUCCUGGCCCCGGUCAGCGGGCUGCAGCCGCUCGCCUGGUCACAGGAUCACCGCCUGGCUGUGUGCACCACCAGCUCCGUGUCGAUGAUGGAGCUGGUGUGCGACGUCCACAGCAGCCAGCAGGAGCUGACGCUGCACAGGACCUGCAUCCCCGUCCCGACGGAGGCUCCCAAACUGCGGGUGGGACCGGCGGCGGAGCUAGCUGAAGCAGUGGGGAAGUUCUCGUCCCACCCCGACCCCUCGGUGAAACAACUCUUCCUGGCCGACCAGGUGAUGAACCCGUCAAUGGGGCCGCUCAAGGGAAUAAAAUAUGCCAGCUGGUCCCCGUUGGGCUGCGACUCUAGCGGGCGCUGUCUGCUCGCCUGCCUCACCCUCGACCACCGGCUCACCAUCCACAACAGCCACAAGCGCCUGGAGUGGAACACGCUGGUCAACCUCACCAAAAGGUACGGCGCCAGGCUAAAGGAGCGAGGCUAUUCCAAAAAGGACAACAAGCCCCCGCAGGCCGACCUGCAGGACUUUGACGAGCUGCAGCGGCGCUUCCGCAUGCAGACGCCGUUGAGGAUGGAGUGGUCGAGCGUUUACACAACCAAACAGGUGCAGCCGGACAACUCGUGCAAAGACACGGAGAUGGUCCUCCUCGCCGUCCUGAUGGAAAACGGCGACCUGGUCUUGUGGAAGUUCGUACUGCCCUACCUGAGCGAGGCGGACGUCACGUUUUACGACAUCGUAGAGUCGGGCGUCAGCAGACCCAGCGACCUGGCGUGGUGGGAGUACGAGAACGGCGAGCGGCGGAUGAGCGGCCUGAUCAUUGGUAGCGAGGCGGGGCCCGUCAAGAUCGUGCCGGUCAGCCUGGCCGGAGUGAAGGGCUACUUCACCCUGCGGCACCCGGUCAUCCUCUGGAAGGAGUGCGACGAGCUCGCCGUGGAGAACCUCAAGUGUGUCCCGAUGAUCCACCCGAUCCAGAAGUCCAGCUGCAGCCUCAUCGUGGCCUCGCGCGGCUGCUACGUCUUCUGGUGCCUGCUCCUGAUUUCGCCGGCUGGACUGAACGUGCACAACUCCCACGUGGCGGGCCUGCACUCGCUCCCGGUGGUCUCGCUGGCAAUCAGUCAGCACGGCGUCGCGGUGUACACAUGCUCCCUCGACGGCCUGAUGAAGAAGCUGACGCCCACGUUUACGGAGAACACGUUGAUCUUCAAACAGGAGGACCUGCUGCAGUCCGAGAGCCUCUCUGGGAGGCGGAUACACGGGAUCGCUGUGAGCCACAACGGAGCGUACUGCGCCCUCGCCAGCACGCCGGGGAUGGUCGGCAGCCACCACCCGAUCAGCAGGACCUACCAGGUUCACUUUGUGGCCCUGAAGACGUCGGAAGAGGCCGCAGCGCUGCUGCUCAAGUCGCCCGCGCAGAACUUGUACAAGACAGCCGACCUGCUCGAUCUGGUGAGGUGGCAGGUUUUGAAAAACAAGUGCAUCCCCGCGGCGCUGCUGGACGAGGUCGACCGAAAGAUCCAGGAGGUCGACUCCCCCUACUUGUGGCGCUUCAAGCUCUUCCUGGUGCGGAUACUUUACCAGUCGCUGCAAAUGCCUCCCACGGACCACCACUGGAAACCGACGCACGAGGAGAACAAGGUGCUUGUACGGGACGAGGAAGAGGAGGAGGGCGAGGGGGAGGAAGAUGAGGACAAAGACGAUGCGCCGCUGUUGGAAGUGAAACAGGAGGAGGGGAACCCGGAACAGCAGAUGGAGGAGGUGCAGGCCUGGAUCAAUGCCGUGGAGACCCACAUGAUGAGAGAGAACAUGAAGAAGGUGCUGGGGGUGGUGUACCUCAACACCUGGAUUACUCAGAACACCAGCAUUCCCACAUGCGGGCUGGUGGAGUACCUCUCCAGAGACGGCAACGACAGAGGUUCAGAGGUUCUGAUUGGCCACAUAAAGAACAAGAUGAACAAGCAGACGUUCUCGGAGCGCUGCAGCUUGUGUCAGGCCGUGCUGCCCUUCUCGGACCACAAACAGGCCGUCUGUAAAAACGGUCACAUCUGGCUCAGGUGUGUGUUGUCAUACCAGGCCUGCCAGACGCUGACGUUCAGACGUUGCCUCCUGCUGGAUACCAUCUCCAGACUGCCACAGCCUGAGGAUCCGGAGUGGAUAAGGAAGAUCCUGCAGGCGCCCUGCACGCUCUGUGACUCGCCGAUGAUCUAGAGCCGACCGAUGGGAGGAGCCUCAGGGCUUCAUUAGACGCAGCGUCCACUUUCGUCACUGUUUUUUUAAAUUAUUUUUUUAUUCAUGUUCAUUUUGUUCAAGGUUCAUUUCUUUAUAUUGGUAUCUUAAUAAAAUAAAAAGGAUUAUGCGUACUA